GAAAGCAAUACGGUGUAACAUCUCGAUCUUAAAAUAAUUAACAAAAUUCUAUUUUAUCGCAAAGUUCUAUUCCGAUAUUUCAACAAUAAAUUUUUUUGCUGAAACGUCUAAGAUUAAACAAAUUUCUAUGCUACUUGAACUAAGGAAUAGUAUGAGAUAAAACUGUUGAAGAUCUAAAGGAGAAAAAGAAGAAAGUAAUAUUUAUUGCGAAAACAGUGAAAACGAAUUGUGCAAGUAAACAGGUAGAAUUUAAACAGAGGAAGAGGAAGAAAAUGAGUGGGAGGGGGCGGAAGGUUGUACGCAAAGAGACUGGCAGCACCGGCGCUUCAAGAAACAUAGCCCCGCGCCUCUGCUCACGGUCCUGUAACGCUCGUGCCAGUUUUCUUUCGCAAGGGCUCCAGAGAAGAAGCAGAAAGAGGAUUGCGCAGGAGGUCGAAACGAAAGAAUUUUGUACCCGAUUUCGGGGUUCGGACCGCAUUUUGUGCGGAACACGGAAAACUGUUGCGCGACGUGAUAGUAGAAAUUCAAUGGCCGAAAAGUCAGGAAAGACAGCGUGGUUUGGAGACGCGCAUCGGAAAGUAGGUUCGAUUUGGCGGACAUAAGAAGAAAGAAGGAGGUAGGAGAGAGGUAUAUAGAGGAAAGAAGAAGAAAAAGAAAAAGAGAGGUGCGUGAGAGGACGCGUCGUCGUGUGUCGUCGUGCGGUGAGAGGUGAGGCGACGGCGGCGUGGUGAAAGCUCGAACUAGAGAAAAAUUCGGCGGUAACCGGUAGCAAAGUAAAGCUACCAAGGUGUUCCGAAGUGCAGCAGCAGCGGCCCAGGAUGCUGCCCGACGGAGCAAGAAGAUGGCCGUGAUCGGCGAGCAGAGGUGCGAGGCGAUACGUUCAGCGACGGCAGCUACGUCGCCGUCCUCCUCGUCCUCGUCGUCCUCGACUGUAUCUUCCCGUCAUCGCCGACAGAGGAAAAAGCUACACUCUGUACAGUUAGCUAUGUCCUCUUCACGAGGUAGCGGCCCGGAAUCGGGAGAACUGAGCGAUUCUGAGGACGGUUAUUUGGAUACAGAUCCGUUGAGGUAUGAGUUGAGAAAUAUACAAAAUGUGAUACACGUCACUCGACAAAAUAUUGACGCUCUAAACAAUCGAUUUGCUGGAUUCCAACAUCCACCAUCGAUAUAUUUAAAUGAAUAUCAAGAGUUAACUAGCAAGUUGCAUGAUUUAGAAUCUAAGGAACAGAAGCUCAAUGAAUUGUUGAACGCUGGUCGAGUAUCUGGUAGUGCUUCCACGUCAGAGAGUGAAUCUCGUGAUGCUAAUACAUCUGCUUCAAGAGGUCAAAGAACUCCAAUGAAAUCUCUGCUCAGGGCAUAUUUACCUAAUCAACAGCGUACAAGUGUACAGGUUCGCGAAGGACUGUCGUUAAGAGAUGCACUUGCCAAAGCAAUGAAAUUAAGGAAUUUGACUACGGAAAUGUGCGUCGUAUAUAUUUUGGGUGCAGACAACUCGAAAUAUCUUACUUCUUGGGAUACAGACAUCUCGUUGCUCGACUGCGACGAAAUAUCCGUGGAAAUUUUGGAUAAGUUUCCAAUAACUACUUCCAUUUCUCAUAACUUUGUGCGCAAGACUUUCUUCUCACUAGCAUUUUGUGAAUGUUGUAGAAAACUCCUUUUUCAAGGCUUUUACUGUAGAACAUGCAAUUAUCGAUUUCAUCAGAGAUGUGCUGGUGGUGUACCUGCUUUGUGCCACCAAGUACGUAUGCAAGAUGCUUAUUACCAAGCGUUACUGGCACAUAACCUUGAAAGUACCGCUGGGAUAUUGCAACUUCCUUCAGGAUAUGGAUUAAGUAGAAGCAUGUCCCCGUCUCUGGCUCCAUCGAGAAGCCAGAGGCAUCCCCGUUCUUUGGGACAACAAGAUCGUUCCAGCUCUGCGCCUAAUGUUUGUUUUAAUAUGGUGAAACCAAGCGGAGAAUCUGUUAACUUAGAUGAAUACAGUAGAUCUCAGAGUUUAGGUCGUCCCAUUGGUAUCAUGCAAAGUGCAGUAUCGCCAGGUAGUAGCCCGACGAAACAUAGUCAGUCAACACAGGCUAGUCCUACUAGUACUUUAAGGCCGAAGAGACCAAGAGCGAGAUCAGCCGACGAAUCGUCUAAAAAUCUUUUAGCACCUAGAGAAUCUAUAGAGGAUUGGGAAAUUCCAGCAGAUGAAAUCUUAAUCGGAGCUCGCAUUGGAUCAGGUUCUUUUGGAACGGUAUACAAAGCUCAUUGGCACGGUCCUGUAGCUGUAAAGACGCUUAAUGUCAAAAUACCUACUGCUGCUCAGUUACAAGCAUUUAAGAAUGAAGUUGCAGUUUUACGUAAGACACGGCAUGUAAAUAUUCUUUUGUUCAUGGGAUGCGUUAGCAAACCACAACUGGCUAUUGUUACCCAAUGGUGCGAAGGUUCUUCUCUGUAUAAACAUUUACACGUAUUCGAGACAAAGUUUGAUUUAUUCACACUGAUAGAAAUUGGAAGACAAACUGCACAGGGCAUGGAUUAUCUACAUGCAAAAAAUAUCAUUCACAGAGAUUUAAAGAGUAACAAUAUAUUUCUGCACGACGAUCUUACUGUAAAAAUUGGAGAUUUUGGCUUGGCUACGGCAAAAACUAGAUGGUCCGGUUCUCAACAAUUCCAUCAACCAACCGGAUCUAUCCUCUGGAUGGCACCAGAAGUCAUAAGAAUGCAAGAAGAAAAUCCGUACAGUUUUCAGUCUGACGUUUACGCAUUUGGCGUUGUUUUAUUUGAAUUACUAUCCGGUCAAUUACCAUAUUCGCAUGUUAAUAACAAGGAUCAGAUAUUAUUUAUGGUUGGACGUGGAAAUUUACGUCCGGAUUUAAAUAAAUUGCGUUCAGAUACUCCCAAGGCACUGAAGAGACUGACAGAAGAUUGCAUCAAAUUUUCUAGGGAGGAUAGACCAAUAUUUCGUCAAAUUUUAGCUAAUUUAGAAGGUCUUUCACGAGGAUUACCUAAAAUAACGAGAUCAGCAUCUGAACCAAACUUAAAUAGGACGCAGCUACAAUCAGAUGAUUUUGUAUACACUUGUGCUUCGCCAAAAACUCCAGUGAAUUUUCAGUUCGGAGCAUUUUCCUUUUAUCCUUCCGGUGGGAACAUAUAAAAGUAUUACCCGAAGUAACGAGUCUGAUGCAAUUUGCAUAAAAUUAAAAAUAUUAAAAAAAAAAAAAUGGAAACGAAAUCGUAAUAAACUUAGCUAUGAACAAUCUAUGCGAUUCUUUAUAACUACACUUUGACUGUGUUGCAACUGUUCGCUCGAUGUAGAAUGUGAUUAUACAAUACUUAAUGCAACUAAUAUAAAAGGAAAAAAAAAUAUAAGGACACAAAAAUUCAUCUUAUUAAUUGACGUAUCCGAUGUAUUUCAUGGCAAGAACGCAUAUGUAGCUUUUACCUUUACAUACUUACCAAGUAUCUAUGAAAAAAGGACAUUUAUUUAACGAGUUAUUGUUCGCGUGCAUAAACGCGUAUUCGUAAACAAGUGUAUACACGUACGAACGAGCGUACGUGUACGCGUGUUGGUGUAGAGGUCUGUACUUUCGUGGAAUCCUUAUGAAGGAUGUAAAAAUUAAGUAAGUAAUAGAAGUAACGGCAUUUAAAUCUACGUGGGCCGUCAUUUGUCUGUGAAGUAUUUUUGCAAACGCCGAAGUGAUUUUUGUACCUACUUCCUUCAUGUAUUGUCUUCAACAUGCUCACAUAAGAAUUGUUCCUUUUCAUAUAACUUAUAAUUUAUAGUUUAAUGUUAGUAUGUACAUAAGUUUCGUUGAAAUUAUCGAAAAUUUGCGUAUAUUGUUUUUUAAAAAGAGCGAAAUGUAGACACUCUAAAUACAGAUUAACUAGAUAUCCUGUAGUAAUAGAUAUUUUACAACGAUUACCUCUUUUUUUGUAGUAAUUGUUUUCUAUAAUGAUAAUCAUAUUUGACUGAUUUUUUGUACGCAGUAAAUUUUUUUUCUACGAAAAAAAUUCUUUUGGUCCAACGAUACCAAAAGGUUGUACUGUAUUAAAAAAAAAAAAAAAAAAAAGAAUAUGAAAAAGAUGACAAAUCAAAUUGAAAGUCAAAUAAAAAGUGAUAUGUAUACUUGGCCUUUACUUUAAGACUUCAUCGAUAUUAUAGACUAUAAUAAAUCAUUCUCGCGAGUCAUUUGUUUUGGCUUGAUUUGGAGCAUCGUUACGAAUCAAGGCCUAAAGGAUCAUUUACAUUCAUCGACGGUAAAAAGAGGAAGUAAUAUCGUGUUGCGACAUAGAUUGAACAAGUUAUCGACUAACUUCCAUUUCUUUUUCCUAACUUUGUAGUCGACUGUUGUUCCUUGCAUUUUAAUAUUUAUUCAUUUUUACUAUUACUCUUUUUCUUUUGUAAGUUUUUUUUUUCACUGUAUUUGAGGCUUAUAAUGCAGGAAGGGGCGCGAACUUCACUUCGAAGUGAUGAAUUCGUAAAGUAUUUGUUACAUAGCAUUAAAGACUUUCAGUUUUACGAGGUAAUCGAAACUUUUGUUACGACCAAACGUGUUUCAGAUAACGGCCCGAUCAACAGUAAAUAAUCAUAUAGGGGAAACGUAUGCGGAUUGCGAGUAUAAAGAGGUAUAGAGCGAAAAAGAAAAUAAUAGAGUGAACUUUUCGACUUGUGUAUCGUAUAAUUUUAGGGGAGUAGUGAAAAAGAGAAAUUAGUGAAACUUUAUUCGAUGGGCGUCUGAAGCACGCUUACGCGAUCGAUGAUAAACCAUACCGACUACGUAACAUUUUGCAUCAUUGAUUCGCGGGCGUAUCCUAAAAUUUAACAUCGAUGCGACACUCGUCAAACCGUGACAUGUUUCCAAAACAUAUAAAAGGCCUAAGAGGAAAUCUUCGAAAUUUCACUAGUUAAAACGAGUGAUAUCUUGUUUCUAAAGCACGUGGUAUCCCGAUUUACUAUUUAUUUAUUUAUGUAUAAUCCAAGUGUGAUGAAAUGCAAUUAAAAAGCAACAAAAAAAAAGAAAAA